GGGAGGGAGACGCGGGGUGAGGGUGUGUGGAGGUACAUGGAGGAGCGGAAUGGCCACGGUAACGUGGAGUUGACGCGCUCCUUCCUCGCCAUGCGACCUCUCCGCUUCCUGGCACUAGACGGCUACGCGACUCGGAUCCGGGACAACCCGGACACAGCUCGCACCCUGCUGGAGCAGACGGUGCGGCACCCCCUGGGGAUGCGGUUCCCCCCGUCCCUCACCUACCGCCGCCUCCUCCUCAAGACGCUCAUAGCAGCGUGUGAGCGAGCAGGUUGUGAACCGGUGGACGCGCUGUACGAGGCGUUUGGUGAGCUGCUGUCUCAGCAGGACUCGCCGUUCUGCUACAAGACCUACUUGCUGGACCAUGGUGUGCAGGUAACUCUGCGGGAGUCCACCAUCUUCGUCUCUCACGGGACCACAGGCCUUGUGAGCUGGGGUGCGGCGCGGGCCCUUGCAUCCUGGGCCCUGAGUCACCGCCAGCUGUUACAGCACAGGCGUGUGCUGGAGUUGGGCGCGGGUCCGGGCCUGGUGGGGUUGGCAGUGCUGGCGGGCUGCGGCCCCCGUGAGGUCAUCCUGAGCGACGCUCACUCGGCCGUGCUGCAGCAGCUGGAGCACAACCUGGCGCUGAACCACAAACACCUGUGCCCCCAACACGACAGGGGCUUGAAGGGCCCCCAUGGUCGGGUUGUGGCACUGGACUGGACGGCCGCGGAGCAGGAGGAGCUGCAGGAGCUGAACGCCGAAGUCAUCCUCGCUGCCGACGUGGUGUACGACCCGGACCUCAUCGACGACCUGGUGCGGGUUUUGCGGUUGCUGCUGCUUCACCGCAUGGGGCCGGGGGACGGCGGCACGGCCGGCGGCCCCGUCGGGUUCGUGGCCUCUGCGGUGCGGAACCAGGACACCUACGCGCUCUUCCUGCGGUGCCUGGGUGAGGCCGCUCUGCAGGUGGAGGCCAUGGAUCUGGAGCCGAGCGACAACGCCGGCCACGACGCCCCCUUGCGUCUCCUCUCCAUACGCGCCCGGGACCCAACACAGACCCCUCGCGGAGACCCCUAACAUGGUCCCCUGAUUGAGAUCCCUAACACAGAACCCUCACGUGAGAUGCCUAACACGACCCUUGAUACAGAACCCUCACAUAGCCCCUUCACACAGAUCCCUUCAACCCCAGCACUGGCCAUCAGAAACCGUAAGAGACAGGGACCAUGACAACAGCCUUUGCGUCUGUCUGCUUGGCUGUGCGUGCGUCUGCGCGUGCCUGUUUGUGUCUGCGCACGCGUCUGUGCGUUUUGUUGGCGCCGAAUAAAUCAACACGUGUUUUAAA